CACACUCUCUCUCUCUCCUCUCUCUCUCUCUCUCUCUUCCCUCACUUUAUUCCCACUGUUUCAGCUCAGAUCACUGUCUCAUUUCUCAAAUCAAAACCUCUCUCUCUCUCUCUCUCUCUUCAAUUUUCUUCCCUGAAAUCCGUUUGAAGUUUUUGGACCCCGUUGUUAUUGUUAUUGUUGCUGUGAAUAUUCUUAGGGUUUCUUUUCUUCAUUCAUUGCCUCUUAUAGUACUUCACUUUUCUCCAUAAAGUUCCUUCCUUCUUCCUCAAGCUCCAUUCAAAGUUUCAAGGGUUCUUUCAAACUUCCAAUUUUUAAACUUCUAUUUUUAUGGCUUUCACAUUGGGCUUUUGCCCAAAUAAAAGAAAAACACGUAAAUUCAGUUGAACAUUUUCCAACUUCACUUCACUUCCAAAAAAAUUUUUUUUUUUUGGUAAGUGGGGUUUUCGGUUUCUUUGUUGUGGAGAUAAGACAGAACAAAAAAAAAAAAAAAGAUAACAGUUGCCGCUACUGGUUUUGUUGAAACCAGAAACAUAAAAAGAAACGGGUUUUAAGGUUGUAAAAGAACGAGGAUUUCCUGUUUCACUAUUUGGAACUAUUUGUUAAGUUCCGUUUCACUUCUCAGUUUUCUGUGAUACUUGGUUUUUCCAAUACACUCUCAGUUAUACUUAUUUAUAUUUAUUUGUAUUUUUUGUGAGUACUAUAAAGUAUAAACCACCCCAUUUUGGGGUUCAAGAGUGAGUUUUUUUUAUAAGAAUCUUGUUGUGUUUGUUGUGUUGCCCUUUUGAGUAGCUGUUUCAGUUUUACUUUUGGGGUGGUUUUUUAAGGUUUUUAACUUGAGGAAAGGAUUGGAGAAGAUGGCUAUGGCUGUUGCUCAACAACAUAGAGAUAAUAGCAUUGAGAGACACCUUGAUUCUUCUGGCAAAUAUGUGCGUUACACUGCUGAACAGAUUGAAGCUUUGGAAAAGGUUUAUGUGGAGUGUCCUAAGCCUAGUUCCAUGAGAAGGCAACAAUUGAUUCGAGAGUGUCCUGUACUUUCAAACAUUGAACCUAAGCAAAUCAAGGUUUGGUUUCAAAAUAGAAGGUGUAGAGAGAAGCAGAGAAAAGAAGCUUCUCAGCUUCAGAGUGUGAAUAGGAAACUUUCCGCGAUGAACAAGCUGUUGAUGGAGGAAAAUGAGAGGUUGCAGAAACAGGUUUCUCAGUUGGUGAAUGAGAACGGGUUUAUGCGGCAGCAAUUGCGCGCUAUCCCGGCAGCCGCAAAUGCUGAUGGUAGUAGUGGUGAUUCCGCAGCUGCUCCUCCUUUGAAUUCCAUGAGAGAUGCUAAUAGCCCCGCUGGAUUACUAUCAAUUGCUGAGGAGACCUUGGCAGAGUUCCUUUCAAAGGCUACUGGAACUGCUGUCGAUUGGGUCCAGAUUCCUGGGAUGAAGCCUGGUCCGGAUUCGGUUGGGAUCUUUGCCAUUUCACAAAGUUGCGACGGAGUGGCAGCUCGAGCCUGUGGUCUUAUUAGUUUGGAACCUACAAAGAUUGUGGAGAUCCUAAAAGAUCGCCCAUCUUGGUUUCGGGAUUGUCGGAGUUCAGAAGUUUUCACUAUGUUCCCUGCUGGAAAUGGAGGGACAAUUGAACUUGUUUACACACAGAUGUAUGCUCCAAUGACACUGGCUUCUGCACGGGAUUUCUGGACUCUAAGAUACACUACAAGUUUGGAGAAUGGCAGUGUUGUGGUUUGUGAAAGGUCACUGUCUGGUUCUGGUGCUGGGCCUAAUGCUGCCGCGGCAUCACAGUUUGCGAGGGCGGAAAUGCUCCCUAGUGGCUACUUGAUUCGACCAUGCGAAGGUGGAGGGUCAAUCAUUCACAUUGUAGACCACCUUAACCUACAGGCAUGGAGUGUGCCAGAAGUGCUGCGACCACUCUAUGAAUCAUCGAAAAUGGUAGCUCAAAGAAUGACAAUUGCAGCACUUCGCUAUAUCAGGCAAAUAGCUCAAGAAACAAGUGGUGAAGUGGUAUAUAGCGUGGGUAGGCAACCUGCCGUUCUGAGAACUUUUAGUCAACGGAUGAGCAGAGGUUUCAAUGACGCUGUCAAUGGAUUCAAUGAUGACGGCUGGUCUGUUUUGAACUGUGAUGGUCUUGAGGAUGUUACUAUUGCAGUUAAUUCAAUCAAGAAUUUGAGUGGCACUUCUAAUCCAGCAAGUUCCCUUACACUUCUCGGAGGAAUUGUCUGUGCAAAAGCUUCUAUGUUACUCCAAAACAUCACUCCUGCAGUUUUAGUUCGCUUUUUGAGGGAACAUCGCUCGGAGUGGGCUGAUUUUAGUGUCGAUGCUUUUUCUGCUGCUUCGCUGAAAGCUGGCUCCUAUGCUUAUCCUGGAUUGAGGCCUACGAGGUUCACUGGCAACCAAGCAAUCAUGCCUCUUGGACAUUCAAUUGAACAUGAAGAGAUGCUAGAAGUUAUCCGCCUUGAAGGUCACUCUCUUGCUCAAGAAGAUGCUUUUGUAUCUAGGGAUGUUCAUCUCUUACAGCUGUGUAGUGGAAUUGAUGAGAAUGCUGUGGGGGCUUGUUCUGAGCUCAUAUUUGCUCCAAUUGAUGACAUGUUCCCCGACGAUGUUCCAUUGGUGCCUUCUGGUUUGCGCAUUGUCCUGUUGAAUUCACAAACAAGUGAUAAAAAGAACGCAGUGACAACAAAACGGACCUUGGAUUUGACGUCUGGUCUUGAAGUAGGCCCAACAACAACUCAUGCUGCUGGAGACAUGUCAUUGUGUCCUAACAAUCGAUCAGUGUUGACUGUUGCCUUCCAGUUUCCUUUUGAGAACGGUCUGCAGGAUAAUGUUGCAGCCAUGGCACGUCAGUAUGUCCGCCGUGUAGUUUCCUCCGUGCAGGCAGUUGCCAUGGCUAUAUCUCCGUCCAGUGUCAACCCUGCUGUUGGAGCAAAACUCUCCCCUGGCUCUCCAGAAGCCCUUACACUAGCUCAAUGGAUCUGUCAGAGCUAUAGUCAUUUUUUGGGGGCGGAAUUACUGAGAUCUGAAUCUCUCAUCGGUGACAUGGUACUGAAACAUCUGUGGCAUCAUCCUGAUGCUAUUUUAUGCUGUUCUUUGAAGUCCGUGCCGGUAUUCAUUUUUGCAAACCAGGCUGGCCUUGACAUGUUGGAAACGACUCUAGUGGCUUUACAAGACAUCACAUUGGAUAAAAUAUUCGAUGAGUCUGCGCGCAAGGCUUUGAUUGCAUAUUUCGCCAAGUUAAUGCAGCAGGGGUUUGCUUGUAUGCCAGCUGGGAUCUGCAUGUCGACGAUGGGGCGACAUGCGUCAUAUGAUCAAGCCAUCGCGUGGAAAGUGCUUGCUGAAGAUAACAGCAGUGUUCACUGCUUAGCUUUCUCUUUCAUAAAUUGGUCAUUUAUAUGAGAAUCCUAUUGCAGUAUUUAAAGCCCUACUUUUUUCCCACUUGAAUAUAAACAAGGGUAUUAAGCAAAAGGAUAGACUUUUGAGAGGGAAAAAGAAUCAGAUUUUUUUGUUUGUUUAUGUACAUCACAAGAUCAGGUUUGAAACAUUUCCAUUUAAUUAAUUUUGUUACUUGGUACUUAGACCAAAAUGAUUUGAUCUUGUAAAUUUUUGUUAGUACUAGAAUACAAUGAAUAAAGUGGGGACUUGAUGACAUUAUAUAUUAUA